UUUUUGCAUUGAGACAUAGACGGAUAUAUUUCCUCACUAUGGGGUUUGACAUCAUGUUCGAAAUGGCGAAUUUCUGAUCCCUGUUCACUGGAAUUGAUUCCUUAAACUAAAGUUCGAUUCUUUCUUCUGUUAUUUUUAGAAUACUAUAUGAAAAUUUGAAAAUCUGGGACCACUAGCAAAAGUUCCUUUGGCCUCUUUUUCGAUGGUGGACAAAAAUGCUUUCUUCAGUUGGAAAUCUUGUAUGCAUAUCGUAAUCAAAGCAAUGACCGUUAUCAAAGUUUUGUUUUAAUUAUUCCACGACUUUGCUUCGUCUUCAAGAGAUUCACUGAGCUUGCCAUAUUUAGCUUGCAAUUGAUCAAUUUGUUUGCAAUUCUAGUGCGCUGAUAUUCCGCCAAUUUUCUAUUCUGAUAGACAUAUACUGCAUACGGUAGCAUUUUCUUAUAUCUGAAAUUAUCAUGGGCAUUCAUUCCAGCCGAGAGAUUUCGUCAAGCGAAGGCACCGAUAGUGAAGAUGAGGCAAGUUCUCAUGGAAAUGUACACAUUAUCACUUCCAAACAGGAGUGGGAGGCAAAACUUUCUGAGGCAAAAACCAAUGGAAAGAUUGUUGUGGUGGAUUUCUCUGCGGCAUGGUGUGGCCCCUGCAUAAUGAUUGCUCCUUUUUACUCUGAACUUUCUGAGAAAUAUACAAAGCUUCUGUUCCUCAAAGUGGACGUUGAUGAAAUGGCUGAUAUUUCCGCGGAAUGCGAUAUCCAAGCAAUGCCAAGUUUCGUUUUCAUAAAAGAUGGGAAACAGAUAGACAAGCAGGUGGGAGCAAACAAAGCUGAGCUGGAGAAGAAAGUAAAAAAUUAUGCCACUGCAGCGUAGUGAGCAUGUCAGCCUGAAGAUGCUUCUUUGCUAGACUUGUGUUUCUCCAUAAGAUAUUGUGAUUUGGAUUUAAUAUAUGGUAUUGCUAUAUAUAUAUAUAUUGUGAACGUGAAGACUGACCUGAGUGAAAUUUAGAGUAUUAAGUGAUUUAUUCCUCCCAGAUGGUUCCUUUUCUUUAUAUAAAUGACCAUGCACCAUUAUGAUAA